ACUUCCCACUCUCUCUCUAUAUAUUUACUCUCAAACUCUCUCUAUCUCUCUCUAUAUAUCUAUCAAUCUAUAUCUCCUCUACGUGAUACACUCCAAUGGAGCCCUAGCUCGGUUGCUCUAUUCACACGCCAUUGUUGACCUGAGGCUCUAAAACGCACACUGCAGCAUUCAUGGAAAGCGAGUUAAUAUAACAUCAUGCACCGAUCUUCUUCAAGGCAAAGAGACAUGAAUAUAGAAAACGUACCUGCUGCUAAUAUCCAAGGGCCAACUGGACGAGUUACUAGAGCACGUGCAAAAGUAUUUGGGGCAUCAGCGGGCCUUCCACCACUACAACCUGUGGCGAAACAGGAUCAUAAGCGGGCCCCUCUUACUGUUGUUGCCCCUACGGUCCAAGCCAAGAAAAGGGCUGUUCUUAAGGACAUCACUAACAACUCAUUUAAUGAAUCCAGCAUAAAAGUUCCCAAUGGAAAUAAAGCACAGAUUAGCAAGCGGGUCAAAAGAUGUGCAGUCAAGAAGAACGAAAAAGUGGCACGAUCUAUUCCGGUGGACCCUCAGAUUCAGAAGAGAAAUGCAAAAGCAGCAGAAACCGUAACCAAACAGAGUGCAAAUGAAUUAUGUGAAGCAAAUUCACAGCUAACAUCAGAAAAUGAUAUAACAGUCAGCGUUGGAGAAAGCAUAAUUACCGUUGAAGUGGAAGCUACGAAUGAUGAGUCUGUUAUCGAUAUUGAUUCUAAGCACAAGGGUCCUCAAAUGUGCAGCUUGUAUGCUGCAGAAAUACAUGCCAAUUUAUGCACCAACGAGCUUAAGUGGAGGCACUCCACUGAUUACAUGAAAACCGUGCAACUGGAAAUCACACAAGAAAUGCGGAGCAUUCUUAUUGACUGGCUUGUGGAGGUCUGUGAAGAAUAUGGACUAGCUUCAGAAACAUUUUACCUAACAGUUGCUCUCAUAGAUAUUUAUCUCUCUAAGAAAUGUAUCGGAAAACGCAGACUCCAGUUGCUCGGUAUAACCUGCAUGCUUGUUGCCUCGAAGUAUGAAGAAAUUUGUGCUCCACGGGUUGAAGAAUUCUGUUUCAUCACUGACAGCACCUACACAAGGGCAGAUGUAUUGGAGAUGGAGCAUCAAAUACUGGAUGUAUUGAGCUUCCAGCUUUCUGUUCCAACUAUCAAAAAGUUCCUGAGGAGAUUCCUUUUGGCAGCACAAAGUUCUUACAAGGCUCCGGUUAUAGAGUUGGAAUUUCUGGCAAACUAUUUAGCCGAGCUAAGUCAAAUCGAGUACCGUUUUGUAAAGUUCCUACCGUCCCUCAUUGCUGCUUCGGCCGUAUACUUAGCCAAAUGGACACUUGAUCAGGAUGAAGAUCCAUGGAAUGCUACGUUAGAACAUUAUACUAGUUACAAGGCACCCGAGCUAAAAGUUACGGUUCUGGCCCUCCAAGAUCUGCAACUUAACAACGCCAGUCCUCUCCUUGCUAUACGCCAAAAGUACAAGCAACAGAAGUACAAGAGUGUUGCAACAUUAAUCUCCCAGAAACCUGUGAAACCGCUGUUCUAAUAUUCGUGUUGCUGACGUACAAUGAGAUUAAUUAUUGGCCGGCUGCGUCCAUUUUCUAGCUCCAUGUUGUAAGUGGUAAUUAACCACCUGUUGUAACCAAUUCUGGUACUUUGUAGUUGUUUCCAUUAUGUCACAACUGAAAGACAUUGUAUGUGAGUCAUGUGACCAUAUAUAUCCCGGAAUGCAUUCAAAAAACGGGCUACAUUCGUGUAACUUUUGUUUGCUA